AUGGGCCGCUUCGCCGCCGCCGCUGCCAUGUCGGCCGCUUUCCUCAGCCCCAGUCUCGCCUUCAGCUCCCACUUCGACCCCGACGGCACCCCCCUUAGCGAGCUCUCCUGGUCCUCCUCGCUCGCCGUCGUGGCCGUUUCCUUCUCGGGGCUCUUCACCUUCAUCUUCCUCAUGUUGGCGUGUCUGUGCUGCAAGAAGGGCGACAUCGGCUUCAAGGAGUUUGAGAAUGCCGAGGGGGACGACUACGUGACGGAGCUCUCGGCCCAGGGCUCGCCCACCCCCCAGCAUGGCCCCGAGGUCUACGUGCUGCCCCUCACCAAGGUCUCGCUGCCCAUGGCCAAGCAGCCAGGACGCUCAGUGCAGCUCCUCAAGUCAGCAGACCUGGGGCGGCAGAGCCUGCUCUACCUGAAGGAGAUUGGGCACGGCUGGUUUGGCAAGGUGUUCCUGGGGGAGGUGAACUCAGGCAUCAGCAGCACGCAGGUGGUGGUGAAGGAGCUGAAGGCGAGUGCCAGCGUGCAGGACCAGAUGCAGUUCCUGGAGGAAGCGCAGCCCUACAGGGCCCUCCAGCACACCAACCUGCUGCAGUGCCUGGCUCAGUGCGCCGAGGUCACCCCGUACCUGCUGGUGAUGGAGUUCUGCCCGCUGGGUGACCUGAAGGGGUACCUACGGAGCUGCCGCGGGGCUGAGGCCAUGCCGCCGGACCCGCUGACGCUGCAGAGGAUGGCGUGUGAGGUGGCCUGCGGCGUGCUGCACCUGCACAGGAACAACUACAUCCACAGCGACCUGGCCCUGCGGAACUGCCUGCUCACCGCCGACCUCACCGUCAAGAUCGGGGACUACGGGCUCUCGCACUGCAAGUACAAAGACGACUACUUCGUGACGGCCGAUCAGCUGUGGGUGCCCCUGCGCUGGAUCGCGCCCGAGCUCAUCGACGAGGUGCACGGCAACCUGCUCAUCGUGGACCAGACCAAGGCCAGCAACGUCUGGUCACUGGGUGUCACCAUCUGGGAGCUGUUUGAGCUGGGGAGCCAGCCCUACGACCACUACUCUGACCGGCAAGUGCUCGCCUACGCCAUCAAGGAGCAGCAGCUCAAGCUGCCCAAGCCCCAGCUGAAGCUCUCCCUGGCUGAGCGCUGGUACGAGGUGAUGCAGUUCUGCUGGCUGCAGCCGGAGCAGCGGCCGACGGCAGAGGAGGUGCAUCUCCUGCUCUCCUACCUGUGCGCCAAAGGGGCGACGGAAGCCGAGGAGGACUUCGAGAAGCGCUGGAACUCCAUGAAGCCCAACGGCAACGCCAGCGCCAGCCACCAUGUCCCCGAGCUCUCGUCCUUCCCGCUGCUGGAGCAGUUCUCGGCCGACGGCUUCCCCUCGGACGGGGACGACAUCCUCACGGUCAUGGAGACCAGCCACGGCCUCAACUUCGAGUACAAGUGGGAGCACACCAAGACCGAGCACUUCCAGGCGCCCCUGGGCUCCCUGAGCCCCAGCAGCGCUGCCCGCUACCACGACCUCUACUACCCAGCCACCACGGCGGGUCACCUCAGCCUGGGGGUCUCGCCCUCCUGCUACGAGUGCAAGCCACCGGGCUGCCCCGGGCUGCCCGCGCCCGGCGUGGUGCCCAUCCUGGGGGCCCACAGCCCCUCGCUGGGCAGCGAGUACUACAUCCGCAUCGAGGGUCCCGGCGAGGGCGGCGCCGAGCUGGACUAUGCCAUGUGCUCCUACAGCCCCGCGGGCGAGCGGGGGUCCCCGCAGCCCCCCGCCUGCUGGAGAGCCCAGGGGGCCCGCGGCGGCAGCGCCUACGACUCUGACAGCAGCCCCACCGUCUCCCUCAGCAUGGAGCCGCUGCUGGGCCACGCGCCGGCGGGAGAGGGCUCCUGGGAGUGCGCCGAGUACUACCCCUACCCCUGCCCGGGGCAGGAGCUGCGGGGCUACGAGCCGUCCCCGAGCCACGGGGCACACGGCUACCUGCUGGAGGAGGAGCCCAACCAGCCGGGCGGCGAGGACUGGCCCGUCCCUGGCUACCAGCCUGGCAUCUUCAGCGACCCGCUGGGCGCCUCGCCGCCGGUGAGCUGUGCCUACAGCCCGCGGGGCUACGGGGAGCCGCAGGCAGCCUCACCGAGCGGGCAGCUGCCGGGGCAGAGUGCGGCCCGACCAGACUGCGUGGCGGUGGAGCUGGGCGAGGACAGCCCGUCCGCUGCCCCCCGCUCGCAGGACGCGACCCCCCCGGCUCAGGGGCAUCCCUGGGCCUCCAACAGCUCCUCCAACAACAACAUCGGCAGCGGCAGCCCCGCGUCCUGUGAGCUGCCGGCCAGCGACAGCUGGUGCUACCGCCGCAUGAUCACCUUCCGGGGGCUGAUGGCCAAGCCCUUGGGCACCGUGCCACGUGGGCAGCCCCAGCUCGGGGGGUCCCCACCGGGACAUGACUUCCGCCGCCCGCGGCAGGAUCAGCCUCCCGGCAUGGCCGACGGCUCCUCCUCCCCAUGCCGCUCGCCCUCCCCGCGGCGCCAGGCCUGGCACAGCCGUGACUCAUCAACCUCCGGCUGCUCGCAGGCAGCAGCGCUGGCUGGCAGCCCCGGCACGACGUGGGGCCCCGGCACGGCCCCGCCAGCCGCAGCUGGGGCCCAGCACGAUGCCCACCCGGAUGAGAGCAUGGAGGGGAGCAGCCCCGCUCGCAGCCCCCUGCCCCACGCUGUGGCUGCACUGGAGCCAGGGGAGCCCACCCCCAUGGCUGGCACUGCCACCCCGAAUCCUGGCCCCCCCACAGAGCCCGGCACUGAAGGCUCCCAGCCCGCACCAGAGGCCUCUGAGGCGCCUGCGCAGGUGCCCGGGGAGGUUGCUGCUGAGAGCGGGGCUUGUGCCAGCAGCGAUGCCGACCGGACACCGGACAAGACGGUCUCGAGUGGCAGCUUCCCCAGCACGGAUGAGGGGAGCGAUGAGGACACGGCGGAACUGACCUCCGGAGUCUUCACCGACUUCUCCGGGGAUUACCCGGAGCGGGGCGAGGCGGCCGCGGCGUUCAAGUCGCUGCAGAAGCAGGUGGGGACGCCGGACUCGCUGGAGUCGCUGGACAUCCCCUCCACCGCCAGCUCCUGCGAGGUUUUCAGCCCCAGCGCCUUCGCGCCCGCCGGGCAGCCCAAGGCCCUCGACAGCGGCUACGACACUGAGAACAACGAGUCCCCCGAGUUCGUCCUCAAGGAGCCCCACGAGCCCCGAGAACCCGAGGCCUUCAGCCAGCUGGGGAAGCCACCCCCGGGGCUGCCGGGGGGCGAGGAGGAGGCUUCCACCUCCCUCGGGGCCGACCUGCACAGCCUUGCCGAGAAGAACCCCUACCGCGACUCUGCCUAUUUCUCCGACUACGACGCUGAGGCCGAGCGUGGCGCCAAGGACGAGGAGGACAGCGAUGGGUCCCGGACUCCGGAGGCAGAGGAGAGUCCCCAUUCCCCUGAGCAGGACCCAGGGCGAGCUCCUGGGCUGGGAGAGGACCCGCUGCACCCCCCGGGAGCGCCCGGCAGCCCCCCGGCAGCACCCAGUGUUGCAGUGGCGGUGGCCACGCCAGGGCUGGGGCUUGUGGUGGGGGACUGGCAGGGGGCAGAAGCCGGGAGCAGCUCGGCCACCCCCAUGGGGCAGGCCCCUGGCACCCAGCAGCGACCUGCUGGCACGGGGCUGGUGCCGGGCAGCUCCCCAUGCCCUGAUGGAGACGCCGGUCCCCCGGGCGCUGCGCCGACAAAGACUUUCCUCCUGACCCCGGUGCCAGUGAGCCCCGGUGAGCCAUCGUCUGCUGGAGGGACCUGCGUGCCCGAGGGCAUCCCUGGGCCCGGGGCAGCCGUGGCUGGGGGCAAACAGACUGUGCCAGGGCUUGGGGAAGCGGGGCUGCCUCUGGAGGGGACUGGGGUGGGCGAUGCGCCGGGGGGUCCCGGCACGCUGCUACCGGGGGGCCAGUCACCGCCAGGCCUCUCCCCACUCCCGUCCGCCCGGGAGCCGCGGCCACCCGCUCCCGAGCACCGCGAGGAGCCGGAGGAGGAGGAGGAGGACACGGAGGACAGCGACGAGUCUGACGAGGAGCUGUGCUGCUACAACAUCCAGGAGCAAAGCGAGGAGAGCGAGGAGGAGCCGGCGGCCGUGCCCAUCGUGGUGGCCGAGAGCCAGAGCGGCAGGAACCUCCGCAGCCUCCUCAAGAUGCCCAGCCUGCUCUCGGAAUCCUUCUGCGAGGACCUGGAGCGCAAGAAGAAGGCCGUGUCCUUCUACGACGACGUUACCAUCUACCUCUUUGACCAGGAGAGCCCCACGCGGGAGCUGGCGGAGCAGAGCUUCCCGGAGCCCCCUCAGCCGCCGUCGGGGCAGCCCCCCGCCGCCCGCAGCCCCCCGAGCCCGGCGGACAGGCUCGGCGCCUCCGACGACUCCUCGGACGGCAACGCCUCGGAAGAGAGCGGCGGCUUCGAGUGGGACGACGACUUUCCGCUGAUGCCGGUGAAGCCGCUGCUGACGGUGGCAGAGCCCGGCCCGGCCGUGGCCGCGCUGGUGCCGGCGCAGAAGCAGGUGCUGCCCAUCCAGUUCUCCCGCUUCACGGUGUCGCCCGCCCCGGUGUCCCGCUUCUCCAUCACCCACGUCUCCGACUCGGACAUGGACUCCGUAGGAGGCAGCAGCGAGGACGGUGACCGGGAGUGAGCAGCGGCACGUCGGGCUCGGCGGGGCCGGCAGCGGGACCCGGGGGCUCCUGCGCCGGACUCUCACGGGUUUUAGGCACAUUUUCUCUCGGAAGGAGCCGGUUCAGCCGCUGCCGGGGGAGCGGGGCCAGGCGGUGGGUGCGUGCGGGUGGCUGUGUGUGCGUGUACAAACAGACACAUAUAUAUAUAUAUAGAGACAUAUAUAUAUAUAUAAAUUAUAGCAUUUACAGGGUAAUGUCCUGCCCUAGCUAACACUUGCUGUGUCCCCCCGUGACAUUCCCCCUCCCUCCCCCUUGGCUUCUUCCCACUUGUGCUCCCUGAGCCGGUGUUUGUCCCCGAGCAUCCCCCUCCCCGGGCCGUGCCCUUGGCCUCGCACCUCACUGCCGGUGGCCCCACACAGUGGCUUGGCCGCCCCACAGCCCCCUCCAUGGCAUCCCCCAGCGAGGGGCAGCCAGCUGCUGCCGCUGUGUGCUGUUGCCCCGAGUGCACCCACUCACCGUGCCUGGGACCCCGCGCUGGGCAGCACGGCUUGGGGGGGCUGGGGAGCACCCCCUCAUUGCUUUUUUAGGGAGCAACCCACGCUGAGAGACCCCUCCCAGGGCUGGCAGGACCCCUUGCCCCACUGCAGCAGGAGAGGGCUGGAGGGGGGGUGGUCCAGGCUGCCCCCCACAGGGUGGCCCCUCCCCAGGACCUGCUGCCCCAACUAUUUUUGUAUUUAAAGGAAAGGAUUAAAAAAAAAACCCCACCCCUCCUCCUGCCCCAAAAAACAAAACUUGCUGUUGACUGAACCCAUGUGGAUGUGAUUUUAAGUUAUUGCUGCCAAAGAGACGUAACGAGGCGGG